GGUGUAGAGAUCAAGAUGCUUGUGAAUGACGAACCUACUGAGAGAAUGCAUGACAUGGUGAAGGCUCUACUCAGGAACUACUGCCAUGAAAAGAACCAGCCUCAAGAUGCAACCACUGAGUAUACUGUUCCAGAUCCUUCUAUUCAUGAUGGUGGUUGCAAUCAGAGAACGAAGACAUCUCACACUGGAACAGGCACACUUCCAGAAAACAACAGAAAUCCUGAUGAAGAGCCAAGAUAUAGCAACCAAAUGCUGAAAAUUGCCUUGAAAGAUGUAAAGGAAGAACCUUUUAACAAGAAGCAGGCCUUGCCGAGCUCAUCUCUGAUUGUUAGUUGGGAAACCAGAAAUUCUGACACUAGUAGUUCUGCCUUGACCUCAAUGGUACAGCUAGAGAACCGGAAAAGUGAACCAGUGAUGAAGACAGAUCCAGGGGAAGAAGACCAAAUUUCCACUGCAGUCAAACUACAGGAUGAUGCUUCCGUUGCUAAUAGAUCCAACUCGAUCCAGUCAAAGAGGCCACAGAAGCAGGAGGGUAAGAGGGAAACAGAGAAAUAUUUUUCAAGUUCUAAAAGAUUGCAGCAAGUGGAAAUUGCACCAAGUGCAUCCCUUUCAAACACCCUAGGGGGAGGAAUAUUCGGAAUUGUUUAUGAGUGCCCCAAUGUAAAUGAGCCUUUCACUGGAAAGAUUUUGAAGGAGUUUGUUCUUGCGAUCCACUCUGAAGCCAGACAUCCUGCUCUUGCCCCUGAAGUUACUGCAGGUUUGGUUUCUCAGAAACAAAGGAAAAGACAGAAGACAUCAAUCGCGGUAACUUCCGUGUGGGUUACCCACAUGGGCGACUUUGAAGCAGAAGUAUCUGGUUCUGGAUGUAAGGCUGAACCACUGAUGAUCAAACCUGAGAUAUCAGAUGAUUUACACAACGACCUAGGCAUAUUGCUGCGCCCUGCUGAAGUCAGUUUGAAGAGUUUGAAGGUAAAUGAUCUGAGCGCCAUUGCUUUUUUCCGAAUCCAUGAGCUUUCUACACACAAAAAAAUAUACCUCCUCAUGUAA